AUGCUUUCGAUUCCUAAGGAAAGAGACUCUCAUAAUUUAAAGUUCGAUCUUGAGAAGAGAAGACAAGACAAACUUCAGAAGAAUCAAUUGGUCACCCAAAGACAGGUUUCUACUCUUCUAAGUCAACAAUCUAUUAUUAAUGCGGUCAAGGAUCGGUUGCCAGAAAUUCAGCUUGCGAGAAUCACCACCAAUAUAAAGCCUCAUGUGAUCCUUUGUCACCGUGUUGAAGGAUUAUCAGCACUUAUCAGAAGUGCUGAAAGUAAUGGGGAUCUUGAAGGUUUUCGGAUAUGUCGUCUUGCUCCGAGGGUAUCUCAUCUUCUGUUUGCUGAUGAUUGUUUUCUGUUCUUUCAAGCGGAGGAGAGACAAGCAAUCAUGAUGAAGCAAAUCUUAACUCAGUAUGAGGAAGCGUCAGGGCAAGCCAUUAGUCUACCUAAGUCUGAAAUCUUUUAUAGCAGGAAUGUGGCAGAACCAUUACAUCAAUCUAUCACAAACAUUUUGGGUGUGCGUGCAGUUUUAGGUACUGGUAAGUAUCUGGGUCUCCCUUCAAUGGUAGGCCGAAGUAAGAAGGCAACUUUCAGCUUCAUCAAAGAUAGAGUAUGGCAGAAGAUCAAUAGCUGGAGUAGCAAAUGCUUGUCUAAAGCAGGAAGGGAGGUCAUGAUCAAAUCAGUUCUUCAAUCUAUUCCAUCUUACAUUAUGAGUAUCUUCAGGCUACCAAACCAGCUAUUAGAUGAAAUUGAAAAAAUGAUGAAUACCUUUUGGUGGGGUCAUGGUGGUUCCAACAACAAAGGUUUUUCCAACAACAAAGGUUUGAACUGGCUAUCCUGGGAAAAGCUUUCUGUCCACAAGAAUGAUGGAGACAUGGGUUUCAAAGAUCUGGCAGCUUUUAAUGUGGCAAUGCUUGGAGCUAGAUGGAAAAUUGGUAAUGGCUUUAAUAUUCCUAUUGUCAGCGAACCAUGGAUUGGAUCAGGGCUUAGCAUUCCCCCUGUGGGUGAUGACAUGAUAGCUCUACAAUCAUAUUCUGUAGGUCAUCUUAUUGACCAAGAAGGCAAGGUUUGGAACGAACCGUUGAUUCAUCAAUUUUUUGUGGAAGAUAUGGCCACUAAUAUCUUAAAUACUCCUUUACAUCACCAAGUUUUGACGGAUAAAUUGAUAUGGAAGGCGGAGAAGAAUGGACUCUAUUCUGUCAAGAGUGCCUAUCGGAUUUGUAUUAAAGAGGUUAUAAAUAAUGAUCAUCUGUGCAAACCGGGAUAUUGGAGUGGUAUCUGGAAACUGAAGGUUCCUCCCAAAGUCAAAAAUUUGAUUUGGAGAAUUUGUAGAGACUGCUUUCCAACCAGAGUGAAACUACGAAGCAGGGGCGUCACUUGUCCUUCUGAGUGUGUCAUAUGCGAAGAUCCUCAUGAAGAUAGCUAUCAUAUCCUCUUUCACUGCCCAAGAUCAAUUGAUAUUUGGCAAACAACCAAUUUGUGGCAUUUGAUCUCACCGGCUCUUCACCAGUUUGAUAAUGCUCCUGAUAUAAUUUUUAAUUUACUGCACAAUCUGUCGGCAGCUCAAAUUGAGAAUAUUGUUACUAUAAUGUGGAGUAUUUGGAAGGCCAGGAACCUGAAGUUAUGGCAACAGGUGUCUAACUCAUUUACAGCCAUCCUGGAAAGAGCAAAACACCUUCUUGAUGGUUGGAGGAAGGCCAAUCGAAAGCGAGUUCCUAUAAUGUCAGAUAACCAAGCUCUACUCCCGAGUGCCUCAAAUUCUAGUAACAAUACAAAUAUUAGAUGGAGGAAACCAGAAAGUGGUAGAUACAAAUGCAAUGUUGAUGCCUCUUUCCCUACCAUGAUAAAUAAAGUAGGCUUUGGAAUGUGUAUCAGAGACUCGGAUGAGAAUCAUGUUCGUUCAAAAACUAUGUGGUUUAACCCAACUUGCUCUGUUGAUGUUGGGGAGGCUCUGACAUUACACCAUGCGAUUCGGUGGAUUCAUGAACUUCAACUUUUAAAUGUUGAUUUUGAAGUUGACUAA